AUACUAAAUAUACUCAUAUAUAUGUUUUGAAAAAGAAAUAUGCAAAUCUCAAGAGCGUAAAUGCAGCCAAAUAUGUUGAAAAGAUAAUAAUAAGUUCAGAUGAUAAUACGUUUUAUAAAAUUUACUCUUUUGAUAAAUCUUUACAAUCAUAUCCUCCAAUGAAAUGCCUGACACCUGACGAAAAAGUUUAUAAUUUUGAGAAUGUGAAUGCAACGGCAAACAGCAUCGUUGUGAAUCUUCCGGAGCCGGUUGUAAAAAGUGGAUGCAAAAAAUAUAAUUUACCAACUACUAUGUAUACUAUCUCCGUAAGCUGUUUAGAUAACAAUCUCAACAAGUCUGAGAAAUUCAAAGUGCAGACGUACAAGCGAUAUUACGAGAUUCAGAACUUAACACCAUUUACAGUGUACAAGUUGAAGUUUAUUUUAAGCAAUUUUUACUUUGAUCAAUUAUCAAUAAAACCAUUCGAUUCGAAUGUGCUACGAAUAAAAACUAAUUCAGGCAAGCUUAAUGCACCAGAAAACAUAAGUGUUCUAGCUUUGACGCCUGCUAUAACAGUAGUUCAUUGGAUGCCACUCAAAAAAGUGAACUGCGUGGCCUAUGAAGUGCAUUGGAAAUCAGUUACAUUAAUGAACGACACGCAACAAAAGAGCAAACAAUUUAUCAAUGUGCCGAAACGUAUGGCAGAUGGCAGAUUUUUCACAAAAAUUUAUUUGUCGCUAGCAGUACAAGAUUACUUGAUAUAUGUGCGUGUGUGUCCAAUUAAUUUCAGCGAUUUCUGCAACGAGAGUUUAAGCAAGAUCGUUCACAUAUACUCAGAACCAAACAAUAUUACUUUGAGCGGGGUUAGCAUAAAUAGUAUGAACAUUUCAUGGAUCUCAAACAUUAAUCUGACGAUCUUUUUUAUAUUAGAGUACAAAGAUAUUGCAGCAGAGAAGUGGCAAACAAUGAAUUAUAUUAAAAUGAAUUAUAACCAAGAAGUAACAUGCCAUGUCGAAAAUUUACAAUCGGGAACUUUAUACAAGUUUCGCUCGAUAUUGAGAUACCUCGAAUAUGAGGUAAAUUUUAUAUGGCCAGCUGAUGAAAGAUUUAUUUUUUCGACACGUGGCAGCAAACGUGAUAUUCCGAGCACUCCUGGAAUAAUAGCGAAAAAAUAUUACUUAUUAUUGAUGUUAAGUUUCAUCGUUAUAGUUACUAUAAUCUGCGUCUACAACUUUUAUCGUUUGUAUCGUCAACGCAGAGGUAAUAAUGAACAAUGUUUGUCUUCAACGAUGAACGAUAUAGAAUUGGCGAUUCUACAUGAAGUACCUUGCCGAAACACUCAAUUCAAUAUGAUUUACAGUCCUAUGUUACAUUAUAACCCGGAUGAAUGUGCGAUAACUAAAGUCGCAUGUAAACAGAUUACAUUUACAAAACUUCUUGGUAGCGGUGCAUUCGGAAAGGUGUUUCAAGGAAAUGUGGAGAACUUAGAAGGAUCCGGCAUAGAGAUAUCCGUUGCAAUAAAAAUGCUUCGAAAAGAUGCUUCUUCAAAUGAGAAAAAAAAAUUUUUAAAGGAAGCCAAGCUUAUGAAUCAUUUUCGACACAAACAUAUAUUAAGAUUGUUGGCCAUUUGUUUAGAUGGAGAUUCUCCGUUACUAGUGUUGGAAUUGAUGGAAACUGGUGAUCUGUUAAAAUAUUUGAGAGAUUGUCGAAAUUUGCAACCGUCAGAUUCGUAUGCUCUGCGUUUGCAGGAUUUGCUCGCCAUGUGCGAAGAUGUUGCGCGAGGUUGUUGCUACUUGGAAGAGUUGCGUUUCGUACAUAGAGAUCUAGCGUGUCGCAAUUGUUUAGUAUCUUCGAGAAAUCGCGAGAAUCGUAUCAUCAAAAUUGGAGAUUUUGGAUUAGCUAGAGAUAUCUACAAGGAUGAUUAUUAUCGCGCGAAAGGAGAAGGUUUGUUUCCUAUUCGCUGGAUGGCACCAGAAUCUUUGACGAUUGGAAUAUUUACUUCUCAAAGCGAUGUUUGGUCAUUUGGGGUAUUAAUAUGGGAAAUUACAUCGUUGGGUGAGCAACCUUAUAUUGUCAAGACUGAUGAAGAAGUGAUAAAUUAUGUUCGUGCUGGAGGCAGGUUGCCGAUGUCUCUUAACUGUCCGUCAACGUUGUACCAGUUGAUGUUGCGUUGCUGGAGUACAGCGGAUGCCAGACCAAAUUUCAAACUUUGUCUUAGAAAUAUUAUAGCAAUAAGAAAGAACAUAGAAGAUACCUUACUGCGUCCAGUCGAUAUUAUUUAGUCAAUAUAAUUAAAGUAAUGUUUAUCUUCUUUUCCGAACGAUUCAAUAAAUCUUAAUGUAG